CCGCUGGAAGACACACACUUUUCCCGCCGCCCACUCUUUGCGACAAACAAAUACAACGCUACUCUCGUCACUGACUCUCUCUCAACCCCCAAAUCCCCAUCCGAAUAUCCGUACGAUCGGAACCCUAGCUUUGAUCAAAGAUCAAUGGAGCUUCGCUCUCGAAGAAUUCUCUCUGGAGCCUCUGUCGAAGGAAAUGGUGUCCAGCUUAGCGAAGGCUCUGAUGAAGAGUACCGUGUCUCGGAUUCUGAUUGUAAUGGCAUCAUCUGUGCAGGUGAAGGCUCUUCAAGUACAAUAGAAGAGAGUAAAGAGAGAGUGGUGUUUGACUUAAAUAUUGAGGCUAAUGAUAUGGACAGAGGUAGUGAAGGUGAUGAAAGUGGUGAUUUUGAUUCUAGUGGGCUUGUAAAGAGGAGGAAAGUGGGGAAAAGGAAGAAAAGGGGACGGCAGAGAUGCAAGAGGGAGGAAAUGAGAGGGGAAGAAAAAGAGGAGGAAUUAGGCAAUGUGCAAGAUUCAGAGGUUCAAGAGGAUGAAGGAGUUUUGGAGAUCGACUUUCUUGGACUUCAACUUGGUAGGGUUGGCCAUCUUGGAUCAAAGAAAAAUGAUAAGAAGAGGAAAAAAAGUGGUGAUUUGAAACCAACACUGAUGUGGGAAAUUUGGGAAGAGGAGCACGACAAAUGGAUUGACAUGAACUUAACAGAAGAUGUAGAUUUGGAUCAUCAAAAUGAACUAGUGUCUGAAACUGCUGACGCACCAUCAGAUUUGAUCAUGCCUUUGCUUAGGUACCAAAAAGAAUGGCUGGCCUGGGCUUUGAAGCAGGAAGAGUCGACAACUAGAGGGGGAAUCCUUGCAGAUGAAAUGGGAAUGGGGAAGACUAUUCAGGCUAUUGCACUUGUGCUUUCCAAACGGGAAAUCUCCCAGAAAAUUUGUGAACCAAAAGUAGUUUUGCACUCACCUGGUUCUUCCAUGGAUUUGCCCAAAAUUAAAGGUACCCUAGUAAUCUGUCCUGUGGUUGCUGUGCUUCAGUGGGUAAAUGAGAUUGGCCGGUUCACCAUGAAAGGCAGCACCAAGGUGCUGGUUUACCAUGGGGCCAAUAGAGGGAAGAGUAUUGGCCAGUUUUCAGAAUAUGAUUUUGUUAUAACCACAUACUCCAUUGUUGAAGCUGAGUAUAGGAAAAAUGUAAUGCCACCAAAACAGAAGUGUGUGUUUUGUAGGAAGUUAUUUUAUCCACACAAGAUGUCCAUUCACUUGAGAUAUUUCUGCGGGCCAGAUGCCAUUAAGACAGAUAAACAGUCUAAACAAAAGAAAAAGGAGCCAAAACUUGAACUAAAAAUAUCGGAUUCUGUAGAAGACAAUGGCGGUGAAUGUGAGGGUGAAAAAAGGAAGAAAGAUCAGCCAAAGCCUAGGAAGAAUUACAAGCCAAAAAAACAUAUGGGAUUUGGUCCUUCCAUUGAGAAUUCAGCAGUUGAUGAACAAAGCACGUCCACAAGGAAAUCAAUUUUGCACUCGGUGAAAUGGGACCGCAUUAUUUUGGAUGAGGCACAUUUUAUAAAAGAUAGACGCUCUAAUACUGCAAAAGCUGUUCUUGCUUUAGAGUCUGAAUACAAGUGGGCUUUAAGUGGCACUCCCCUUCAAAAUCGUGUUGGAGAACUUUACUCAUUAAUCCGGUUCCUGCGAAUAAUCCCAUUCUCGUAUUACUUGUGUAAGGAUUGUGAUUGCCGAACACUUGAUUAUAGUUCCUCAGCAGAAUGCUCUAACUGUGAGCAUAAAUCUGUGCGGCAUUUUUGCUGGUGGAAUAAAUAUGUGGCUACACCGAUCCAAGCAAUGGGGAAUAUAGGUGAAGGACAAAGAGCCAUGAUAUUGCUGAAACACAAGAUUUUGAAAAGCAUACUUCUAAGACGUACUAAAAAGGGAAGGGCUGCAGAUCUUGCACUUCCUCCUAGAAUUGUUUCAUUGAGGCGGGACACUCUGGAUAUCAAGGAAGAAGAUUAUUACCAAUCAUUAUACAAUGAAAGUCAGGCACAGUUUAAUACAUAUGUUGAAGCAGGAACAUUGAUGAAUAAUUAUGCUCAUAUAUUUGACCUCCUCACACGACUGCGACAGGCAGUUGAUCAUCCUUACCUUGUGGUAUAUUCAAGAACUUCUACAAGGGCAGGAAACAUUGUUGAUACUGAGAAUGGUGAACAAGUAUGUGGAAUUUGUAAUGACCCACUAGAGGAUCCUGUGGUUACAUCUUGUGCCCAUGUCUUUUGUAAGGCAUGUUUGAAUGACUUCUCCACUACCUUGGGACAAGUUUCAUGCCCUUCAUGUUCAAAACCACUAACAGUUGAUUUGACUACGAGUAUGGAUCCUGGAGAUCGAGACAUGAAAACAACCAUAAAGGGUUUUAAACCAUCAAGUAUUUUGAAUAGAAUCCGGCUUGACGAUUUUCAGACGAGCACAAAAAUAGAUGCUUUGAGGGAAGAAAUCAGAUUCAUGGUUGAAAGGGAUGGUUCUGCAAAAGGAAUUGUUUUCAGCCAGUUCACAUCAUUCUUGGAUUUGAUAAACUACUCCCUCCAGAAGUCUGGCAUAACUUGUGUUCAAUUAGUUGGAAGCAUGUCCAUGGCUGCAAGAGAUGCUGCCAUUUCUAGAUUUACUAAUGAACCAGAUUGCAAGAUUUUCCUGAUGAGCUUAAAGGCUGGAGGGGUUGCUCUCAAUCUUACAGUUGCUUCACACGUUUUCUUGAUGGAUCCUUGGUGGAACCCAGCAGUGGAGCGGCAAGCUCAAGAUAGAAUCCACCGGAUAGGACAGUAUAAACCAAUCAGAAUUGUGAGAUUUGUAAUUGAGAAAACAAUUGAGGAAAGGAUUCUGAAACUACAAGAGAAGAAGGAACUAGUGUUUGAGGGGACUGUGGGGGGCUCUUCGGAGGCUUUGGGUAAAUUAACAGAGGCAGACUUGAAAUUCCUAUUCAUCACCUAGGUGCUUAAGGUUCAAACUAACAGAGGGAGGCGGAGGCACAGGAUCAUUCAGAGUAUGAGGCAAAAGGGCCUAUGCUUGUGGCAGUGGGACUAUCCAUGGGUUGCUUCCUCAUUUUAAUUUUUGUGUAUAUAUUUUGAAUUAUGCCAAUCUUACAAACUUGGAAGUUGAAAAAAAAAACCCAUCCAUUUUUGAUACUUGAUAUUUGAUAUAUCUAACCGUGCUUCCCGGUGAUAAAAAUGUAGAGUUGGUUAAAGCCAAACGAGAUGAAAUGUAUUUGACCGCUUGAGAUGGUUUUGGUGGAAGGCCAAGGCCUGUUCAAGCAGGAAUAUAGCGACUUUUUGUGUUUAUUUUCAUUUUUUAACCAUCUCCUUGAUAUUUACAUCAAUGAAUCCAAGUCAAGCCCACAUUCAUUUU